AUGAUUUUAAUAAAUGACAAAAGACUUGAAAAGUUCACAGUAAUUGUGUUGACAUUAUCCGUGGUUGGACGUAUUUACGGACAAAAAGAAAAGCUCUAUAUCGGAGCGUUGAUACCAAAGUUAUAUUCAUUCGAUGAGAAAUGUCACCACACGGCAAUUAAACUGGCUACUAACUUUAUCAACAACGAUUCAAAUAUUUUAAAUGAUUAUACGUUGGAAAUUAUAGCCAAUCAAACAGCAGGGGGUUUGGUUUCUGGAUUUUCUUUCAUUUCUUUUUUCGACAUGAUCAAACGAAAUAUAACUUAUCAAGUUUUUCUUGGUCCUGACACCACCACAGAAACGCGCGGGAUUGGGUUCUUAACAGCUAAAUAUAAACUUCCACAAAUUUCGUAUUCCGGCUUAGCGCAAGUAUUUGAUGUAUCUGAGGGCAAUGAUGAUUUCGAAUAUUUUGUGAAAAUUGUCCCUUCGCCGAUAUCGUAUCAAAUGACGAACUUGAAGUUGUUACAGCAUUUUGGUUGGAACCGGGUAGCCAUUGCGUACGAAGUUGGACAUGUUGAUUAUUUUAGGGAAGCAAGAAGUUUGUCCAAUUACUUUAAAGCGAACCAAAUUGAAGUGGUGGCCAUGUACGGGGUCAGUCGGGAUGUACUGGAUCCCAUAGAAGAACUGCAAGCAAUGGAGGAUGCAGACGUGAAGAUUGUAUUUGGCGUUUUUGCACGUUUCUCAGCAAGAAAUUUCUUUUGCGAGAUGUACAAACAAAAGGUGCAUAGAAAAUAUCAACUGAUCCUUACACGCCAAUUACCAGACUCUUGGAUUGAUAAUGUAAAGUCCCCUGACUCGAACAACUGCACAAGUGAGGAGUAUUUAACAUCGGCUGACGGUUUUUUCACAUUUUCACGAUCAUCAAUUCGAAGGGACAACAAGCUGACCGUUGCUAAUAGGACUGCAUCUGAAAUUUGGGAAAUGAUAAAAGAAGAAAAAAGAAUAUUAUGGAAGCAACCGCACAGUGAACCAACCGACCCACCCACGCCACCACCGCACCACUUUAACAUCGCAUCAUUAUUUGCGUUUGACGCUAUAUACAUGUUUGCGACGGCGUUAGAUCGCAUCGUCAGAGAACAUGGUCGCGAAGGUUUACUUGAUGGGACACGUGAUUCUGUGAAGGCAAAAAGACUGGAAGAGGAGAUGUUGAAAUCGAAUUUUCAGGGAGCAACCGGUCAUGUAGCAUUCAACCGAAACUUGGAUGACGAGAGACUCGGCGGCGUGGUCAUACAACAGUAUCGCAAAACACUUAUCGUGAAAGAAAACAAUAAAACAAGUUAUAUCGCAAGACGAGUCAACAUAGGGCAAUACGAAAUUGCAGUUAAUAGAUUGACAUUUCUUCAAAACGAAACGGAAUUGUUCAAAGGUAAAGUGAUUUCUUACAUUUUAUAACAUUGUUCAUCUCGUGCGCAGGGUUUUUUGUGUCGAUUAAAAAAGGCAAACUAACAGUCAUUCUCCAACCUCGUUCCCAGGUCAUUUUGUUUUUUGAUUAAUGGGAAAGGGGCGAAAAAGUUGUUGACUGCUCCGUAAUAACGAAUCAGGGGACAGGAGACCCCUGGGGACGAGGGAGAUAGCACCAGUCACUUACGUGAAAUAAUAGUUGUCACAGUUUUAUGCUCUCUUAUUCCACUUAUUUGAAAUACUUUCGUCUUUGCACUUUCUAGUCAAAGUUCGUAUUUUUAUAUAUUAUUUUCAUUCUAAAAAAUACCAGAAUCUUUAAUAAUUUACUUGAUCGACAACAAGAAGGGGGUUGAUUAACGACUGAUCACUAUGUUAAAGUCGUGCGGAAGAGAACGGGUAGGCAUACAAGUAAAUUUUGAAUUAUUUUAUCCAAUAUAAUUUAUAUACAAAUAUUUUAGAUGGCAAAAUACCACGGGAUCGAACAUUAGUAAAAAGAAUUCCACAAAACUUCAGCGUUGCUGUUGUGGCAACAGCCUGGGUAUUGACAUGUCUUGGUCUCAUUAUUGCAUUCUGUUUCUUGUUUCUCAACGUUCGAUAUCGCAAUGUGAGGUAAGCUGGUUGCUGUUGUUUUUGUUAAAGUUGUUGUUGUUGUUGUUUUUGA